AUGGAUUCGCCAAAUUCUCCGAAUCCAUACGAAAAUAUGAGUUUAGAGGAUAUCAUAAUUGCAGAAUGUACUGACGAUCAUGAUGAUCAAUAUUUCAAAGCGCUCAUGGAUGGGGGUAGCUCAACAAGACAAGGAAGAAAGAGAGCCCACAUUGAUAGAGGUCAUGUAGAAGGACACCAACAAUAUCAAUUUCGAAGAAGAUUUAGAAUGCGUAGACAUGUAUUCCUACGCAUAGUGCAAGCUCUAGAAAAUCAUUCAGAGUAUUUCCAUACGAGGUUUGAUGCAGUCGGUAGAAGGGGGCUUUCGCCAUUACAAAAGUGCACUGCUGCUAUGCGAAUGUUGGCAUAUGGAGCGCCUGCCGAUUAUGUUGAUGAGUAUGUUCGAAUUGGUGAAACUACUUGGGAGGUGCGUGGUUUUCCAGGCAUGUUGGGAAGCAUUGAUUGUAUGCAUUGGGAAUGGAAAAAUUGCCCAGUUGCAUGGAAAGGACAAUUCACGCGAGGUGAUCACGGCAGGCCAACAAUCAUGCUUGAAGCAGUUGCAUCACAAGAUCUCUGGAUAUGGCAUGCAUUUUUUGGUGUUCCAGGAUCCAAUAAUGAUCUGAAUGUGUUAAAUCAAUCCCCAUUAUUCACUGAAAUCUUUCAAGGGCAAGCUCCAAGAGUUGAGUUUACAAUAAAUGGCACACAAUACAACAAGGGGUACUAUCUAGCAGAUGGUAUCUAUCCAGAGUGGGGUACAUUUGUUAAAACUAUCCCACUACCUCAAGGAGAGAAAAGAAAAUUAUUUGCUCAAUGCCAAGAAGCGGUACGUAAAGAUGUUGAGCGAGCAUUUGGAGUACUUCAAUCUCGUUUUAUUAUUGUACGAGGAUCAACACGUUUUUGGCAAAGAGAUGUUCUCAAAGAUAUUAUGUAUGCAUGUAUCAUAUUACACAAUAUUAUUAUCGAGGAUGAAAGAGAUGCAUAUGAGAGUUUGGUUGGUUUUAAUUAUGAUGACGGCCCUACAAACACCCUAACAGUUGAAGUAUUACAUGGACCUAUUUCCGACUUCCCGACAAUGCUGCAAAGAAAUGCUGAAAUUCGUGAUAGAAAUAUUCAUCGCAAUCUUCAAGCAGACUUGGUGGAACACAUAUGGUCAAAAUUUGGAAAUCAUUUUAAUUAG